GAGAAGAAUUAAUCUGUGAUUUUUUUUUUUUUAAGGAUGGGAGGGGGUUCUUCUAUGGAGAAGAAGAAGAUUGCAUGGCCUAAAGAUGAUUUUAUUGAUUUGGUCCUCUCAUGGUCUAUCAAAGAUAUUUUUGAUGACACUUUAUAUCAAGAUCAGGUGGAGAAGAUUCCACAAUCAUUUGAAUCAGCAGAGCAUUACAUUGGCUCUUUCUUCUUCCCCUUACUUGAAGAAACACGAGCGGACAUUGCUGCUUCCUUGAAAGACAUAGUCAAAGCACCAUUUGCUGAAUUAAUCUCCUUUGAUGAAGUAGAGCCAAAUGGAGCUUUUGAUGUUAAGGUUGACUAUUGGAGGAAUAAAUGUAGUGAUGGUCGGGUGCCUUAUAGGACAUCGCCAGGAGAUAUUGUUCUUAUCUCGAAUGCAAACCCUGAAACGGCUAAUGACCUGCAGCGAUCGGGAUAUUGGACAUUUGCGUCUGUUAUUGAUGCCAAUGAGAAUGAUGCAUUGGUUAAUUUUAAAGUCAGAGUUCCUCCAUAUAGCGGAAUUGUUAAGGGAAUGCGACAAUCGUGCCAUAUAGUGUUUUUGGUGAAUGUAAUGCCGAACAACAGAGUCUGGGACGCGUUGCGUAUGAGAAAGAAUUUGAAUAUGAUUGAGAAAGUCCUGCGCCCUGUGCCCGAGAAACGGAUCGGACAGAAAUGUGAUGUUUGUUCCACAUCCAUUAAUGAUGAAUCAGUUGGAGCAGUUGCGUGUAAUCUGUUGUCCAAGUUGAACGAUUCGCAGGCUAGUGCAAUACUUACCUCUCUUGCCACCGUGAAGUGUCGCCACAAGGCUUCCGUUGAACUUAUUUGUGGUCCACCUGGUACAGGAAAGACUAGGACGCUAAGUGCAAUGCUCGUUACACUACUGCGAAUGAAGUGUAGAACCAUUACUUGUGCCCCAACGGACGUAGCUACAGCCCGAGUUGCUUCAAAGUUGGUUCAACUGGUUCAGGAGACGUAUAAGAAUGAAUUUGAUGGCUUUUGUCCUUUGGGUGAUAUUCUGUUGUUUGGGAAUAAUAACUGUGAAGAUGGUGAAGAUAUUGCGGAGAUUUCCCUCGAUUAUCGUGUUGGCAGGUUGGCGGAGUGCCUUGCACCAAUGACUGGUUGGAAUCACUGUGUAAGUUCUAUGAUUAAUUUUCUGGAGGAACUCAGUGAGCAAGAGGAAGCUCCGAAGGUAAAGGUGAAAAACAGCUCAUUGAUAGAUUUUUCCCAGUUUAGUUCGAUAGCUUCAUCUCUUCGGAAAUUUUUGCUUACAAUCUGUACCCAUGUACCUAUACGGUUUCUUCGAGGAGAAAACGUUGAAAGCAUAGUGCGCGCUCUCUCCCUACUUAAUUCUCAUGAGAGGAUGUUAUUUCAUAAGAAUGUCGGUUCUAGAGAACUACAGAAGCUCUUUUCUUGUCAGCAAACAUUUGGGGUGUCCUUAAGUAGCCAGUCCCUUGUUCUUCUAAAAGAUCUUCAGAAAUCUCUUGGGAAACUGGAUUUUCCUACUGCGACGAGAAAGGAUCGGAUAACGGAGUUCUGCAUCCAAAUGGCUUCCUCGGUUUUUUCUAGUGCUUCUACUUCAUAUAAGCUACAUUCAGUGGAUAUGGAACCAUUUGACUUAUUGGUUGUUGAUGAUGCCUGCCAGUUGAAGGAGUGUGAAGCGGUCAUACCUCUUCAACUUCGAGUUGCUUGUAGCUCUAUAUCAUCAGGGAAUGAAUCACGUUUCAACUCAUCCCAAGCUAUUUUGAAAUGGGACAAUUGUUUUACUAAACUGCAACUCGACCUUAGGGCUCAACCUUAA